CUCUCCCUGUAGGCAGAGGCGGUGAUUUUUACCCUCCUUCCACGUCUAGUAUUUUUUUUUUUUUUUUUCCCCCCUGAAGUUUGUUGAAGCGCUUGGAGAGUCGUGAUCGGAAUAGCCUAGGAUUACUCUUUCCUUUCCAGGAUAUAGACACUACACACACACACACACACACACACACACAUUUACAGAGUGAGAAGCGGACCGCAGUGAGAGCAUCCAGGCGUCAGAAAUAACAACAACAACAAACAAACAAUGAAUCGGAGUUUUAAUAAUAAGGCGCACGGUUUGCGCCACUCGGACGCGGUGGAAGUCAAAAGCAAAUACGGGGCGGAGUUCCGCAGGUUUUCAGUGAACCGAGCGAAGCCUGGCAAAUUCGAGGAGUUCUUUAAGCUGAUCAUGAACCUCCACCGCAUCGCCAACAUGGAGGUGAUGAUCGGCUACGCCGACGUCCAUGGAGACCUGCUGCCCAUCAACAACGACGACAACUUCUGCAAGGCCGUGUCCACUGCGCACCCGCUGCUCCGGAUCUUUAUCCAGAGACAAGAGGAAAUUGAUUACAGCACCUUCGGGUCCAACACACUAACGCGAAAGAAAAAGGCCGUGGUCGCCCUGCGCAACGAUCUGAACAGGAAGCGGCCGCACAUCCGCAUCGGUCUUCCUCAGGAUUUCCGUCCUGUGUCGUCCAUCAUCGACGUGGACAUCGUGCCCGAGUCACACCGGCGCGUGAGGCUGUACCGUGACGGCUCGCACAAACCGCUCGGGUUCUACAUCCGAGACGGCACCAGCGUACGCGUCACGGCACACGGCCUCGAGAAGGUUCCAGGUAUCUUUAUCUCACGCCUGGUCCCUGGAGGCCUUGCUGAAGGAACAGGUCUGCUCGCCGUCAACGAUGAGGUUCUUGAGGUCAACGGAAUUGAGGUGACGGGCAAGACUCUGGACCAGGUCACCGACAUGAUGAUCGCCAACAGCCACAACUUGAUAGUUACGGUGAAGCCGGCUAAUCAGCGCAACAACGUCGUGCGCGCCAGCCGCGCGUCGGGAAGUUCGGGUCAGUCUUCGGAUAGCAGCAGCAGCUCGGGCAUCACCAGCAUGCCGUCUCUUCCCUCUUCCGUUCCCGCCGUGAGCGCCAGCUACGGCCACGACGAACUGGAUAGCGACGAGGAGUCGGACAUUGUCAUCGAGAACAGCAUCGGUCGCCAGACUCGCCAUUCGAACGCCUCGCUGGCAUCGCUCACGUCUCGAUCCACUCAGUUGACCUCCGCCUCGCCUCCCAAACCCCAAAGCAGACCGCUCUCCGUCGUGUCCACGGCUUCCUUCCAUUCUAACGCCAGCCUCAACGGAACAGGCCAUAACAGCCUGAGCUACAGGCUUCACAGAGACCUGAACCUCCAUCACACAACGCCCUACAACGGCGCCAGGGAAAGCAACGGCAGCCUUCACAAAAUCCUCAGCAGCCUGAGAACGGACCCUCGGCACAGCCUGGCGCUGCCCAGCGGCGGAGUAGAGGAGGACGGCAUGGUCAUCACUCUAUAACACACACACACACACACACAUGCUUGGAGAGAGGUGCGUCGUUAUAUCGCCCUCUUAACGUAAUCCCACCCAGAGACUUUCCAGCCUGGUUCAACAGACUUGACGUGGGACUUCACUGCUUUCUUAAAGCCUUUUGUAAAAUGUAAUUUAACAUCUUGAAUUUUUACUUGUUCUUAAAUGACGUGUCUUAUCUUAUCUGUCGGGGAAUGCAUAGGGAAUAGUGUGGUACAUGUCGUCGUCCCUCCCCCUCUUUUAGUAGUUUUCCCAGAGCCACUGAUUACAUACUAAUUUAACAUGAAUGUCAUUUAUAUCAAGAUUAGUAUACAGAAAUCACCCCCCCCCCCCCCCCUAUAUGAACAGCUGUAAGGUUUAGGCCUCUCUAUGGCUCCUUCCAUAUACAGUACAGUAUAUCAAACCGUUUCCACUACCACAAGCAGUCCACUGGAAUUCUGGGAGAAACAAACAACACUAAACGUAUUAACACAAGCAUUUUCUUGACGUUACCAAAAUGUUAAAUGUCUCUGUUCUGUGGUUUUAUAUCUCUCAUUCCAGCAGUAUUGUAGUUUAAGUAGGAGAAUACACUGUAAUUUCAUCAAUCACUGUAAUUUCAUGGAUCAAGAUGUUCUAUUUCUGUAUUUUGAAGCAUUCUCGAUAAUCGUGUCUUAGGAAUGUGGUGAUGAUUUAAUCUUUUGCUUGGACACGUGUACUCACGGUUGGGAUUCCAUCUCACCCCCCCCUCACUCCCCCACCCUCACUCCCCCACCCCCCUUCCUCUAAUUGUACUAUGAAUUAGCACAUGUGUGUAAUGCAGUGACCAAAAAAAAAAAAAAAAAGUGUUAAACAAAUCCUCUAUUUUAACCUCUUUUAAAAAUUUUCGACCUUCUGGGAAUCCAAACCCUCUGUAUACAGCAAUGCAACACAUUUUCAGACUUUCAUGAUGUUUUCUGACAAACAAGCACACGUUUGUUUGUUUGUUUUUUGUCGGGCUCCUGAAGCGAGCACACACGGCCGUGUACGGUCUCUGUUCUCCGGAGACGCUCCAGCUCUCGGCUUGUUUAGCUUCCACGUGCAGGCGCUAAAUGCCCUCAAAGGAAAAAUCCGCCCCCUUGAAAGACUUGCGUAUUAAUCUUUAUAAUUAGCAUGCGAUGUUCAGUGGUGUCCCGGAUGAAAUGAGCUUAGUUUGAACUUCUUUCAUCGACCUGUUGUUCUGUUUUCACUUACUACACCCUACAUUACCCACAGUGCCAGUGGGAUUAAGCCCUCUCUUCAUCUCUACCUAAAAACAGUGAUGCGGCGGCGCUUUAGUCCAUUAGUCUCUCACGUCCUCGUUUGUAGACUCCGCUUCAACACAUCAGCCUAAACUUUCAUGCUAAUACCAGCGUCAACUUCAUCGUAGCUGCAUUGCAUUCUGGGAGUCCCGAGCUUGCACCAACUUCUCCACUACUUCUAUGUUGUUGUUUUUUUCAUUAACGUGACCUCAGCGUGACACACAACUGCUAAAAAUUACACAGCACCAACCAACAAACCGGCACCAGAAUCGCUAAUUUCAUAUUUGCUUCUCCUGGUGGAGUCUUUUAAUGUGCACUUAAUCACGACUGGAUCUGGGAACAAUCAUUAUAUAUAGAGCAUGAAUCCUAUCAGUGUUUGUUUAUUUUUUAUUUUUUUUUACCCCUUUAGAUAACCAAUGGUGUGUCUGGGUGUCAUCUGUCUGGCCUGUUUCACUCAAUUAUUAAUCUUUUUGAAGGUGUGUGCACUGCGGGAUGACUACAUUUUAAUGUUUUGUUAGCGUAGUCAGCUUUUAUCCACAGACCCUUCAUGAUCCUGUGUGCCUUAGACCCAAACGUGGGACUCUGGAUAACUCGUAAUUCCUGCAUCCACUAUAAUCCGGCCACUGAAUGUUCCGUAGUUUAUUUCAGAUCGCACACGUAUCCGUGUCACCCUCUGCUGGUCGCUACUGGAGUUCAUCAACAUACCAGGAACCACCUCAAAUCGGAGUAAAUGUAUAUUUAUUCUGCAGAAUUUCUGAAAUUUAACCAGUGUGUGUUUUCGUUUGUUUUUGUUAUUUUUAUCCUCUGUACAACAAUUUUAAGUUUGAAUAAAAAUCGAGAUUUUAUGAUGA